AACAGUUCAAAAGCAAAACAGCAUGAUAGACUGGGUCAAUGGUCACUCCUUCAAAUUCAUCGCAUAAAUUUUUAUGUACGCAAGAUCAAGAAAAUCUUUGAAGGAAAAAAGCAGUAUCUGCAAGCAAUUCGAUUCAGAUAAAUUUUUCGAAGAUGUUGAUGAGGCCCCGAGGCCUAGCGGCUCCCUCACUCCUCACCCAGCUGGUGAUAAUAACACUAUCGUAUUCCUUGGUUUAUUUUGCCAUCACUCCUUGUGCAGCUUUUGUUCUGCCAGAUGAUGAAGUGGAAGCUUUGAGACAAAGCGCAAAGACACUGGGAAAGACCAACUGGAAUUUUAGUGUGGAUCCAUGCAGUGGAGGAUCCGGUUGGAGCACUUCAGUUGACAACAAUGUCACUUGUGAUAAUUGCUCCUCGGACGGUACAGUUUGCCAUGUCGUUCAAAUAGUUCUAAAAUCACAGAAUCUGGCGGGAAAGCUCCCACCAGAGUUUCAGAAACUGCCUUUCCUCCAAGUCAUAGAUUUGACACGCAACUACAUUAACGGUACUUUACCUGUAGAAUGGGCAUCGUUGAGUCUUCGUCGGAUCUCGCUACUUGCGAAUCGUUUGACAGGUCCGAUUCCCGAAGAAUAUGGAAGCAUUGCUACUUUGGAAAAGCUAGAGCUAGAUGCCAAUCAGAUGUCAGGAAAUAUUCCAGCAAAGCUUGGCGAUCUUCCUGCUCUAUCGGCAAUAUCUCUGUCUUCAAACUAUUUUACUGGAUCAUUGCCCGACACACUAGCCAAGCUCACUUCUAUGACAGACUUUCGAAUUAGUGAUAACAACUUCAAAGGCAAGAUACCUAACUACAUUCGGACUUGGACAAACCUUACAAGGCUAGAAAUCCAAGCUAGUGGAUUGGAUGGGCCGAUACCUGACUUUAGUCUUUUGGCUAAUUUGAAGGACUUGAGAAUCAGUGACUUAAAUGAAAACGUUGGAGAUUUUCCUUCCUUAAAUAGCUCUAGCUUAAAAAUCAUCGAAACUUUGAUAUUAAGGAGUUGCAAUAUCACAGGACAACUACCACAAUAUCUUGGUGAAAUGAAAGAAUUGAGAACAUUUGACCUCAGCUUUAACAAUCUAAACGGCAACAUACCGAGCAACAUGAUGGAGCUAAAUGACACAAAAUCCAUUUACUUUACAGGGAACUUGCUAUCUGGAUCCUUUCCUGAAUGGAUGAUAAGGACACGCAAUGAUGUUGACCUUUCGUACAACAAUCUUACACUUAAAAGCUCAGAGGGCGAAAAAUGUCAAGAUGAAGGACCGAACUUGUUUGGAAGCUCAACAAAGAGCAGUCCUUCUGGAAUGGUUUCAUGCUUGCAAAGCCAAAAUUGUCCCAACCAUGUGAGUUCUGUAUAUAUCAACUGUGGAAGUAGUUCACGACCUACUGUUGAUGGAAAUCUAUACGCUGAUGACAAAGAUCCAUUAACCGGACCGGUAAAAUUCUACCCUGGGGUAAACUGGGUAGCCAGCAGUACUGGCAUUUUCAUGGACGCAAACAGGGAAACUUUAACCAGUACGAAUAAAAGUAUAACUGUCGACCAUUCAGAAUUGCUAAAGGAUGCACGACUCUCUCCAUUGUCCCUGACUUAUUAUGGUUAUUGUCUUUCUAAUGGGAGGUAUAAGGUGAAGCUUUACUUUGCAGAAACAAUGUUUACUGAUGACCAAACCUUCAGCAGCCUGGGCAGGCGAAUAUUUGAUAUUUAUAUUCAGGGGAAGCGGGAGAGGAAGGAUUUCAAUAUUAAAGAUGAAGCAGGCGGAGUUAAUAAGGAGCUAGUACUGGAAUUUCCUGUUACUGUAUAUAAUAAUACGUUGGAGAUCCGCUUUUACUGGGCUGGUAAAGGGACAACUAUAAUUCCUGCUAAAGGGGUAUAUGGUCCUCUAAUUUCAGCCAUAGCCAUGGCUCGUGUUAAAAAAAGUGUAUCUGCGGGCACUGUGGUUGGUAUUGUGAUUGGUGUGGCAUCUGCUAUCAUCUUGCUCGUGGGUAUACUUUGGUGGAAAGGGUGUCUGCGUCGGAGAGAUACAAUGAGAUCAGAUCUACAGGGUCUAGAGCUUCAAACUGGCUCAUUUACCUUAAAGCAGAUUAGAGCUGCAACCAAUAAUUUUGAUGUUGCCAAUAAGAUUGGUGAAGGUGGUUUUGGUCCUGUUUACAAGGGGCAUCUAUUAGAUGGAACAGUAAUUGCUGUGAAGCAGCUUUCUAAGAAAUCAAAGCAAGGGAAUCGUGAGUUUGUGACUGAAAUAGGCAUGAUAUCUGCUUUACAACAUCCAAACCUUGUUAAGCUGUAUGGAUGUUGUAUCGAAGGAGAUGAAUUGCUGCUAGUAUAUGAAUACUUGGAAAAUAAUAGCCUUGCUCGUGCUUUAUUUGGUCCAGAAAGGUAUCGCUUGGAAUUGAAUUGGUCAACAAGGUACAAGGUCUGCAUUGGCAUAGCCAGAGGUUUAGCUUAUCUUCAUGAGGAGUCGAGAUUGAAGAUUGUCCACAGAGAUAUCAAAGCUACCAAUGUGCUGCUUGAUAAAGAUCUUAAUCCUAAGAUUUCUGACUUUGGUUUAGCUAAACUUGACGAGGAGGACAAUACACAUAUAAGCACCCGAAUUGCUGGAACUUUUGGAUAUAUGGCACCUGAAUAUGCAAUGAGGGGUUACCUUACAGACAAAGCUGAUGUUUAUAGUUUCGGUAUUGUUGCCCUGGAAAUUGUCAGCGGGAGGAGCAACACCAGUAAUAGGCCAAAGCAGGAACCCUUUUACCUUCUUGACUGGGCUAAUGAACUUAAAGCUGAAGGGAAGUUGAUGGAGCUAGUUGAUAGUUUAGGAUCGGAAUACAAGGGUGAGGAGGUCAUGUUGAUGAUUCAUGUUGGUCUUCUAUGUACUAAUGUCACAUCAUCAGAGCGACCUGCAAUGUCUUCAGUGGUUAGCAUACUUGAAGGCAGAGCUGACCUUCACGAUUUUGUUUCUGUUUCUGACCCAACAAUAAAGUUGAAGAAGCAGCAGCAGCAGCACCACCAAUCCGCACAAAGUAUAUCAAUCGAUGAGGAUUCAUGGAUAGCCUCCUCCGCAUCUGGUACUGAUCUGUAUUCUGUCACACUCGACACUGACUAUAUGCUAAAGAAUGCUUCAGGCCGUUGAGCUAAGCCAAGAUUUACUUUUAAAAUGAAGUGCAUGUAUGAUAAAUACGUUGAGAUAUUUAGUGCACGUCCAUGGUUCUGGUAAAACUUGUAAACUUAUUCUUUUCUAUGCAUGCCAAGUAAAAUAUGUAUUGAUCGUGAUUCGUUAUA